AUGUCUGUAUCACCAAAGGGCGAGACCAUGACACCGCGAAACACAAACUUACCUUCGCGCCGCGACUUUCUCAGGGACAACCUCGUCGUCCACGAUAAUUGCGCUAUCUGUACAGAGCCAUUUGAUACGGAACAUCAAGCAGCAUCCAUCAAGACAACAAACUGCCAACACACAUUUGGAAUAGAAUGUCUCACCCAAUGGAUAGAAUCCGACCAGGACAACCACAACACCUGUCCCAUCUGCAGAGAACAACUAUUCUCUAAAAUCGACAAGCCCGAAUUUGUCGAAGGAGCACGAGACAUAGUCGGCCCACAUUACACAAUGGCCCACCAGAUCCAGACCUGGAGACCGGCCAAGACAUUCGUCAAGAACAUGUGGCGUGCCAUGUACAGGCUCUACGAACGAGAUCAGGUCAUUUACGACUCUGACAUUGAAGAGCACAUCAACGCUAGGAUUGUUCCUGGUUUCUAUAUAUUCAGUGACCAUUGGCCUGGAAUCAGGGAAGAAGCUCAGAGGAUGGUGCGAGAACACUAUAGGAAUGGGAGCUAUGUUCCGCUCAUAGGAAUGCAGCUUAGGUUCUACUUGUACAACGUCGAGAGCGUGUUGGAAUGGCAGAUUGGAGACGAAGAAUCGGAACAUGAGGUGUCAGGUGAUGAACCAUCAGAUGAUGAGGCGUCAGAUGUUGAAGAUGACGACGAUGAUAUGUCGAUGGCGGAUUCGACGGAGUAA